CAUACAACAUGGCCCAAUAAACACAAAGUUCCAUUACAUACAAAACACAUAAUAUAAACACAAAGUUUCAUAACACACAACAAGUAAUCAAGUUUAAUGAAAGUGCUAAAAAGUAUGUUUAACAAGUUUAAAUAUAAUAUUGGGGCUGUUUUGGGUAAAAGUAGGGCUGUUUUGGAAGCAAUUUUUUUUUUUGCAGCAAAUUUGAGUUCUAAAAAUUUGGGGCUGUUUUGGCUGCAAUUUUUUUCCAGCUAAUUUGAGUUCUAAAAAUUUGUAAAAAAUUUUGUAAAAAAUCUGUAAAAAUUUGUAAAAAAACACAUAAAAGAAUUUGAAUUGUAAACCACAUAAACAAUUUCCAUUUGUAAAAAAAUUUGAGGGAUUUCAAUUGAACUCACUUUGGUGGAGGGGGGAAUCGCGCAUGGUGGUGUGGGGAAUCGCAGGGAGGAGAAUCACAGCUAGGGAAUCGCAGGGGUGGGGGGAAUUNGGGAGAACAUACCUGGAGUUGCAGCGGCAGAUGGAGUUGCAGCGGCCGAUGGAGUUGCAGUGGCGAGAAAGUGUCGAGCGGCGAGGAAGAGACGGAGAGGCAAGGAAAAUGGAAGGGUUGGGGAACGAGGGGUUAGAAUAAGUAAUGGGAAAAACGUAAUCAAAAGCCUGGGAAAGG